AAAUUAUUAAAAAAUAUGCCACCUUUGUCAUUCCGUGUAAAUGAAGAGUAUGCCCAAUUAUCUGAAAUAAUUCCUGGUUUAUUCAUUUGUGGUGUUAAUGGGCUUACAGCAGCGAAUAUUUGUGCUUUUAGAAUUCAAUUAGUUGUUAACUGUACACGAGAGGUUCCGAACCUUAAAUGUUUGGGACAAGUACCAAGAAUGAAAUUGUGGGUUGAGGAUACUCCUGAAGAAGAUUUAUUUGCUCAUUUUGAUAUUGUUGCUGAUCAGAUGCAUGCCAUUAUUCGAGAUGGUGGCGCCGUUCUUGUCAACUGUGUUGCGGGUGUUAGCCGUUCAGCAAGUAUUUGUCUUGCAUAUUUGCUCAAAUAUCGAACUCGGUCAUUACGUGCUGCUUAUCAUUUAAUGUGUGAAAAACGGCCUUUAGUUAGACCAAAUAUUGGAUUUUGGAGGCAAUUAAUUCGCUAUGAACAGUUGAUCAAAGGUAAUAUUGGCUCAGUGCGAAUUGUGAGAGAUGAGGCGCAGCCUGAUAAAUUACUUCCUGAUGUUUACCUCAAAUCUGUCAUUCCUGAUAAAUAUAGCCGUCCAUUGUCACCCACAAAUGUUGGUGAGGAUUCUUCAGUUCAUCAUUUAAAGCCUAUGGCUGAUGAAAGUUAUUUGUCUGGACAUACUGUUGGUCGGCAUCGUCGUCGUUCUUCUUCUGGAGGUUCAGAUCGUGUUCGUUUUGUUCCAGUUUUGGAACCUUUGGCUGAACUUGCCGAAGCUGCUGGAUGA